AAGCAAGACCAUCUGAAGGAUUGGGUCUGUGCACUUAAUUGAUUUGAUGCCACACUAAUUAGGGCUAGGUCGUCCACAGGUGUGUGUUCUACACCCAAUCAAAACGGCUUCUGACAUGAGAACGAGCCAGAUUCAAAUGAAUGAGGAAUCUCAAGAAGAAGAAAAAAAGAAAUAGAAUUCGAUGGUCCUUUUACAUUUUACAAACUGAAAUACCUUGAACGUUUAAAAAUACCGUUUAGAGAAAAAUCUCAAUCAUGAAUGACACAACAUACAUGUGUAUAUUGUGUUGCCUACUACACAUUUGCAGAGCUGACAAUGCACCCCCGGGGAUGUUUCGAACCGAAUGUCAGGAUCGUAAUUUCUGGGUCGCUGUCAGCUCAAAUUUCCUUGGUACAAAAUUCCGAUUUGCUGUCGAAGGUAGCGAUGGACGCCACAUACUGCGCAGACAACAGGCUGCAGAAUGUGGCUUCACCAUGGUGUUGGACACCAAGGGGGACUUAGUCCUCAGAGCCUCUUUCUUGGCGUGCUAUGUAGUAAAUGAGAAAGAUUCAGACUUCAGUCUGCUUGUGUGGUUUCUGCACCAAGAUGAGCACGGAGAGGAGAGGUCCUACCCUCUACAGCUUAGCUGCCUGCUGGAGCACCCGUGGAAAUCCCGCGAGAUCAUCUGUGAGGAGAACUACAUGGAGGUCUCCGUAAGGAAGCUUCGCCCUCCUGCCGCUUACCAGGGAGUGGAGUGGAUGGCGCUUCCACCCGAGAUGUUGGACGAGGGGAUGAGCGAGUGGCGGGUGGUGUUCCGUGUGCCCGGCUCCUCCCACGGGCCGGAGAGCCCCCCCGCCAAGAAGGAAACGGUGCCGGUGGAGACGGCCCAGCUCUUAGGGUACCACGUCACCGCCAGUGACGCACGCAUCACCCUGCGCUGUGCUUACGACUCCCGCCUCUCCUACAAGCUGCAGCAGGAGAAUGGUGUUGAGGUAGAGGUGUUGAGCGCUAGCAUUCUGUAUAAACACCAGUGGGCACUUCUGCAAGUGGACGCGUCCGUGGCCUGCACCACAAAAAAGGUCACCAUGGAUGGAGGAAACCUUUUGUGGACCGUCCCCAUCAGACUGUCCCCGCUGGUGCGGGCGCCCUUUAGAGACAGGGGCCUGAGGGUGGGCGUGGAGGGGCGCCUUGUUAGCAACUGCACAGCCCGACAACGAGGAUAUAUCAUUAGGAAACAGGGGGGGAACAUAGAAAUCAGGAUUCCAUUCGGAGCAGAAGGAGGAUACAUCAAGAGCCAUGUGCAGGAUGGCCAUUAUUUCCAGUCCUACUUCCUGGAUCUGUUCUACAUGCAGCAGUGGGAGGAUGCUCAUUGGCCGAUGACAGUCUCCCGCUCCUACAGGUCCCUGUCAAUCAAGCAACUCCCUCAAACACCCCAACUCAUCAACGUGACCAAGGCAGCGGAGCGCGUGUUCUCCGUAGCUGUGGGCUCCUUCCCUCCGGAUGUCUUCUUCUCCUACCUCAGUGUCGGGGAGCAGACUGUGUCCUGGGACGAGGUGCCACAUCUCGGCUUCAAGCUCUCAGAAGUCCCCUUCCCAAAUGGCACCCAUGGCUACCUGCUCCAAAUCCCUUUCUCACACCCCCUGGUGUCCCAGAAGUAUAUAGGGAAUGGUUAUAGAAACUACAGGCUGACUGGGGCCUUCACCUUCAUCCUCUCCCCCCAUGGAGAGCUCUUCCACCACCCCAUCACCGUGGAGACAGACCUGCAGGAUGUUGUCCUGCCCCGGGUGGAGGGAGACUGUACGGAUAAAGGGGUUCGGCUGCUGGUGCAUCUUGGAAACAUGAUCUCCCAGUGGGAGUUGUAUAUCGGCGGCCGGAGGCUGGACCAGGAGCUGGUGGAGCUGGCGGGCUAUGAGCUGAUCUCCCUGAAGAACUACUCCACCUUGCAGAUCCCUCUCUAUGGCCUGGGCAUGGCCUACGAGGGUCUAGGUAUUCAGGGUCUGGUUGUAAAUGUGGAGGUGAGCGUGGAGGACAAGGAGACGUCCAGAGAGGAGAGCACCUUCACCCAGCAAUGUGUCUUUCCUGUGAGGGAACUGCUUGUGUGUCUGCCCGACGACAGAGUGGUGGUGAUGGUGGACCUGUCCUCGGCCUCCCUGGACAUCGAGCCCAGUCUCACCACAUUACUGGACCCCAGCUGUACCCCAGUCCAAGUGGACGGGACACGGGCCAUCUUCAGCUUCUCUCUGGACUCCUGUGGCACCAUCAGAAAUGUGGAGGAGGACCAGGUGGUAUACACCAACGAAGUGAGAUACUCCGCCACAAAUGUCCCGUAUCCCCUCUUCAGGGUCCCUCUCGGCUGUGUCUAUCCGCUGAAUGGCAGUCGCUCCAUGUCCCUCUACCACCCCAGGCAUGUCUCCCCCUGGGCCCCCAGCAGAGCCUCUCGCUCCCGGCUGUUCCCUCCCCGCAACAGGGGUAGAGCCUCCAGCCCUUCAGAAUUCAGCAUCACCUCUCCAUCAGAAGUGAGGCCUGGAGACCCUGGGGGGAACAAAAAGGCAAAUAUUUCCAACUAAUAGGUGACAACUGAAACAGUUGGAAGUCCUCCUGUCCUCCAGGGGGCGUGUGUGCGCCCCUGGGAGCUGAGCAGGGCCCCCCUGCUGUAGAGUACCGUGCUGGCCCAGAGGCCAGCAUCUUUUUCACCUGACACAAAAUAUCAGUACAAUAAAACACCAACUUG